ACUCUAGAAUUCGAUAGGAAAUAGAAUAACUCAGUAUCUUAUUUAAAAUCCGUUAAAUAUAUGAGGAUUAGCAUUGCAAUUUCGUAGCGACAUCUAUAUGUGGGAGCUCAACUAAUGUCAAAUAACUGACAGCUUCGUCUGGUAUGGAAAAUGCCGAAAGUGGAAAACGCCGCCACUUGCAAAAUUUUUUCCAAGCAGAGUACAUAGGAUAUAAUGCCAAUGAGAUUUUGGAAAAAGAAGGCAAAUAAAAUAUUGUUUUUAUCCCAGCAACGUUUUGUGAAAAAAUUGAAUUUAGGUGUAUUUGACUCAAUUUUGUCGAAAUUUUGUAAUUUAUCGGUGCCAGUGGAUAUAAGACAAAUUGCUUUGUGAAAAAAGGCGAUUAAAGGCCAAAUAAAUAGUUGGAAUCUACCGGAAAAAUAAAAAAAAACACUAAUUGCUCUGGUGUCAGUUUAAUUGAAGACCACAUACGAUUGUUUGGUUUUAUACUAAAAAUGUACAAAACCAAAAAGGAUGUGGAUGCCCAUGUGCGAACUGCACUUGCAAAAGUGCGUUCUGAGACGGAGCGUCACUUACGAAGCUUUACAAUUGCCAAACUUUACUACAGAAUAAAUGAAUAUGCAACUGCUGAACAAUAUCUUUGCUCAUAUCUAAGUGUUAAAGAGGAUAAUGAUCAGGCGCAUAAAUUACUUGGUCAGUGUUAUCAACGCCUCAAAAAGUCCGAUAAGGCACUACAGUCUUUUCAGCGUUCACUGCAAUUAAACCCCAAACAGCCUGAUGUUUUGGCAGAUGUUUGCCAGUUACUUUUGGAAGAUAAAAACUUGAACGUUAACAAAGCUAAAUAUUGGUGUGAACUGGCUGAGGCUGAGAAAAUUCAACAUGAUUCAGUUUUUUCUUUACGUUUAAAGUUGAUGAAUAACGAAAAUAUGGAAACAAAUCAAGUAGAGGAUUUAAUACAGAAGGAAAUCAGCGCGAGACCCAAUGACGUACAUUUACGUGUGCGUCUUAUGCGAAAUUACAUUGAGCAAAAUAAAUUGUUGGAUGCAUUUAAGUACGUCUACAAUUUUGAAAUGGGUCAACAAGAUAACUUCACCAGCAGCACUGAAUGGUACAAUAUCGUAUGGUUAGUGCUAAACAAAUAUGAACAAAUGCCAAAUACGAAGAAAGAUUGGGAGUUUUGGCUGUUGAUGAUAAUUUGUUUAGAGCGGCAAGUGAAUUUAAGUUUUGGGCUUACAACGACCUCUGUAAGUGGCGGUGCAACCGAAACUGCGAACUUACUUUUCAAUUUAGAUCAGUAUCUCUUCAAAGCGACACAGUUGUCGGAUAAACUGUGUGCCCAGCGUGAACUGGUUAACCUCUUCCUGGAUCAUUACCGUGGCCAGAUGUUAAUUUAUGCCGCUGCUUUAGUAUUUAAACGUGAAAUUUUGCAAAAUAAAAAUAAAUGGAAAGAAACCGUCAAGAUUGUAGCACCAUUGCUGUUAAUGGCUUUUCAAACUGAUGUACCGGAUAACCGGGAGCCUUGGAUGAGACAUUCCGAUGAACAAGGCAAACAAUUGAUACAGUUAUGGAGUCGUGAGGGCUCUUUUCGGUGUGCACAGGCUGGACGUACUUUACUGUCAUGUAUUGUCGACGAAUUGGCCACUAAUAAAGAGAAUGCUACACAACAAGUAAAUAAUAUUUUCGGCACUAAUCCUCCCUUAUGGACCAAUAGCGAUGACUUCAUUUCGGAAAUACGACAGAUCUGCUCUGAUAAACAUUGGCGGCGAAAUGUGUUUGCAGUGUUGUACUGCAACAGUGAUCAAAAGGUCAAGGAACAAAGCUCUUUGUUAAUUAAAAGCCCCAAAUUAUCUGAACCAGUUUUCGAAUUACCCACUUAUGCUGAUGUUGAACGUCACGAGGAGGCUGCUCAGUACUUAAAACCCCAGUCCUUAGAACACAUGGUAUACCUAUGUCUGGCGAAUGACAAUCUCGCUUAUGUACGAGCUAGAUAUUUCAGUGGUUUGAACUUUUCGACACAAAACUUGGCUUUUUGUGGUGCUGAGUCCUUGAAUCAAUUGGAUGUUGAUACAUUUUUGUAUGCAGCUACAAUUCAAGCUAAACGUACAUUACAAGUUGAGCGCCAAACCUUUGAUAAUUACUACUCGGGCAAUAAAUGUGCUACUGGCCGCCCGCGACUAUUGCCGUUUGUCAAUUUACAGGGUCAGUUGUGCACUGAAGAACAAGCCAAUUGGUGGACAGCUGCCUAUAAGGUUUAUAAAAACUUAACCAGCGAUAAUUUGGCCGAACUGCGUGCCAACUUACAAUUUGGCAUCGAAGCGGUACGUGGUAUUAAUGGGCCGAAAAUUGAUAUGAUUAUUGUAUUCAAGUUGGGUCAGAUAUUCGUUGCUCGCGCUCAGGAUAUUGUCAAGCCUGUAGAGAAAUCAUUUUUAGAGGCACGCGCAGAAAGUAUUUAUAAGUAUGGACUAAAUAUGGUGAAAAUGAAUAAUAAAGGAGUACUAGAGCCUUUCCGGAAAUAUUUUAAGUACACCAAAGCUAAUACUUCCAUUGUAGAGCGUGAGGUUACAAAUGCUGCUGAGGAUGCAGUUUCGUACCUAGCUUCACGUUAUUUCAAAAAGGCUGAAUAUGAAGAUUUGAUUGAAGAAUUGGCAGGUAUACAAUUGCCAUUUGCUACGUAUUUGCAAGCUGAAGCCUAUCGUAAGUUGGACGAAGCGAAUAGAACCCCGAAGAAAGCUAAACGCAUGUAUUUAGAUCGUGCAAGUGAAUGCCUUAAUCAGACAUUAAACUUGUUAAAAAACAACGAAACCAAUACCGAUCACCCAUUAAAUUCUAUAAUACAUACUGAAUUGAAGAGAUUGCAACAAGCUACUAUGAAGUUCGUAAAUGAGGGCAGCCCCGAUACUGGCCAUAACAACUCAAGCACUUACGAAGACGCAGAAGGCGACUUUUAUCAUGGCGUUCCCAUAUCUGCCACGCCGACAACAAGUCGUUCACGCCGCGAAGCAAAUGCUUCUGCAUUAAUCGCUUCUGCACGUAACAGUGAAAUGGAGAAUUUGGUUAAACAAAUGGCCAAUACAUUGACUUUCGUUAAAGAAGAGCUUGUCGAUACAAUUAAACCGGAAAUGCUUUCAAUGCGUAAGGAAAUCACAUCACUUAAAGAGAAAAUUACCGGCCUUGAAGAAGCCAUGAAACAUACGCGCAUUUCAUCAAAUCCACCAUCGCGAGAUGAUGCCUCGCAUGUACUCGAUGACCUCUACAUGAUCGAGGAUGCAUUGCAAAAUCAAUUGUACCAGUCGCCUGCCCAACCACCUAUAAAUGUUGCCGGUAACAUAUUUCCCAACGUUGCAAACGGCCCCAGCACACAACCUCCUGGUGGCGUGCAUAGUCCAUUUGUAGCAACACAACAGUCACAACAACAAAUGGCACAACAACGGAAUUCGAUGCACUUACCGCCGAACGCAAUGGCUGCCGCAGCUUACAAUAGCCCAAUGUUUAAUCCUAAUUAUCCCAUGGGUUAUUAUCCACAGCCUUAUAUGAUGCCACAACCACCCGCGCCACCUGGAUCUGCUAGCGCUAUGUUGGGUCAACGUAAUCCGCUGCCCAUGCCGUAUAUGGAUGCAAAUUUAAGUUUCAGUAUGGCUCAGUCUACACCAUUAUUGCCAGCACCUCCCCAAGAUGGCAGGCCCAGCAAUCUGUAUAGUCUACUUACUCAGCCUCAGCAACCACCCACCGUGCCACCGCAGUUGCCAUCACAGUUGCCGCAGUUGCCACCACAGUUGCCGCAGUUGUCAGUGCCAAUGUCGAUUGCUCCAUUCGCACCAUCCAUUACUAGUAAUGCUCCAAUAAACACUCCGAUCAUGGGCGGCUUUGCAUCAACAGUUUCGGCGCAAACAGCUUCAACAACUGCUCCGAUUCAAUUCAAUAAGGCACUCAAUAAUCAACCUGUGGAAAAAGGUCCUCCAGCUAAUGUUGUAAUCACCAGUUCCGAUCCUUUGCCAAAUCCAAACCGACCAGCUUUGUUGGCACAACAACCGACUUUAAGUGUCACAAUACCUCCACAGCAUAUUAAGCCCAGUCUUGUUGCAACCUCAGAAACUACUGGACAACAGAUGCCACCUCAGCCAAUCGCUUCACAGGCUGCUCCUACCUCCUCCGCUACGAAUACUAAUAAUGCUGGUAGUGGUGGAUUUGCAGGUUUCGCUUUCGGCAGCAAAGCUUCAGACACACAAUCACCAUUUAAUCUUACCUUUAGCAGUACUUUUACCACACCUACUUCAUCAGCAACUUCAAUAUUUAGUGGUAAAAGUGGCAGUUCUAUUCCGCCAACAGCUGCGAUUAGUACUACCACAUUCAGUUUUAAACCACAAAUAGAACAAGCACAAGCACAGGCAACGGCUGCUGCUGUUGAAAAUAGCUCUGGCGAAAGCGUCACCAUAUUGAGCAAAACAUCGGAUAGCCUCGCGAGUGAUACUAAUAAGAGCAGUACAGAGGUUGAACUCGAAUACGAUCCACGUCCGGAUUUCAAACCAGUAAUUCCAUUACCAGAUGAAAUCGAAGUUAGGACAGGUGAGGAAGAUGAGGAGGUAAUGUUUUGUUGUCGCGCCAAACUCUACCGAUUUACUGACAAGGAAUGGAAGGAACGUGGUAUUGGAGAUAUUAAGAUACUGAAGAACAAGGAAGGUUUUUCGAGAAUUCUUAUGCGUCGAGAUCAGACACACAAAAUAUGUGCCAAUCACAAAAUCACCAAAGAGUUAAUACUAACUACACCGUCAAAUGAAAAUAAAGGUCAUAUUUGGGUAGCGAAUGAUUUUGCUGAUGAAGAGUUAAAAACGGAACGUUUCUUUGUUCGUUUCAAGUUGCCAGAGUCAGCUCAGAGCUUCUACGAAUCGUUUAAGAAGGCACAGAAGGAAGCCGAAGAAUUAGAUUGUAAAAAGGAGUCAACUGUUCCGGCCGAAGAAGAAGAGAAGGAGAAGCAUGAUAUUCAGCAAAUGAAACAGCCGCCGUUCGGCUUAGCUAAGAGCUCAGUAUCAAACUUUGCAACUAGUACACCAGCUACAAAAUCCAACACCGAGAAGGCAAAUACGGUCACGCAACCACCCGCAGUUCCAACAUCAACUGCAUCAAAUGCUCAGUCAGUCGGCGGGGUUUCUAAAACACUUUUUAGUGGAUUUGGUACAUCAGGCGGCAAUAUUCCUGCUCCGACAGCUGCGGCAGAGAGCAAAAAAGUUGAGGCGUCGAAAUCCACUGCUUCACCAUUCGCAAAUUUCACUUUUGACAAAAGUAGCGCCACUACCACCACCGCUGGCCCCACUACAGCUACAACACCAUCGCCUUUCGCUAAUAUCUUUAGCAAUUUGGGCAAACCAGUAGCCACUACUUCAUCACCAUUUAACACCGAAAAUACGCCAAUUUUCCAGACACCGAUUGGCAGCAGCGUCAUCACAGCACCAGUAACCACACCCGCAACAGCGUUGAACAAAUCUAAUGCAUCUGAUACUGAAGAUGAAUAUGUUCCAACAGCCACAUUCAAUCCGGUAAUACCAUUACCCGAUUUGGUGGAGGUUUCUACUGGUGAAGAAAAUGAAAUCGUGUUGUUCGAACAUCGUGCCAAACUUUUGCGCUUCGAUAAAGAGGCUGGUGAGUGGAAGGAGCGAGGUAUCGGCAACAUAAAGUUGUUACAGGAUAAAGACGAUGCAAAUAAAGUCCGGUUGGUAAUGAGGCGUGAACAAAUACAUAAACUUUGUUGCAAUCAACGCAUAUACAAAAAUACCGUCUUCAAAUAUGCAAAGAAUUCUCAAACUGCAUUAACUUGGGCUGGCCAGGACUUUUCAGAGAAUGAACUAGUCACUGAAAUGUUGACGGUGCGCUUUAAAUUACCCGAAACAUGCAAACAGUUCCACGAGGCUGUGUUGAAAGCGCAAGAAAACAUGAGUGAUGAUGCCGACGAAGAGAGCGUAAAGGCCGCCACCAAGGGGAAACAACAAAAGGAGAAACAGAGUCAAAAGUCUGAAAACAAAGGAGCUAAUAUCAAGGGCUUUGGAGAUGCCUUUAAGCCUAAAGUUGGCUCAUGGAAUUGUACCGCUUGCUACAUAUCAAACACAGUUGACAAACAAUAUUGCAUUGCAUGCGACUCUCCAAAAGAUGAUACUGUGCCCAAGAAAGAGCCGACUAAUGUGUUGCUUACCAACCCACCAAAGGCAUCAUUUGUAUUUGGUUUUCCACCAGCGACAAAUGGUAAUGCCGCUGCACCUGUGCAAGCAACCGAUAGUUUCGUUUUUGGAAAACCAACCGCCACCUCUAGCAUGCUUAAUGCCAAUAGCUCAACCAGCACUCAACCCAAUCUAGGCUACACAUCAACACCACCCAUUGGUCAAAGCAGUUUCGGUGACCAAUUCAAGCCAAAAGCUGGUUCUUGGUCUUGUCAGGCCUGCUAUUUAAGCAACUCGGCUGACACUAUAUACUGCAAGGCCUGCGACGCGCCUAAAAAUGACACUGUACCCAAAAAGGAAUCUACAAAUGAUGUGCUUGCACUAUCGAAUCCAGCACAGAAGUUUAACUUCGGUUUUAAUGCUGCCACCACUGCUCCAGCAACAAACGCGCCUAGCAUUAAUGCACCUGGAAGUGGUUUCAAUUUUGGCACUAUCCCCACGGCCACGAAAUCCGAACCUGCUAAGUCUAUAUUUGAUAAUUUGAAAAAUGCGAGCAGCACUGACUCGUCCAAAUCAUUUACAUUUGCGCCUCCAAACACCACAAGUAGUGAUUCUAAUUUGCCAUCGUUGUCAAAGCCAACAUUCUCCUUUUCUAUGCCUGCAUCAUCGGGUGCUGGUGGAGAGUCCUCUUCAACAUUUUCUCUGGACAAAAAAGAUUUCAAUUUCACCUUAAAGCCAAAAAGUCCUGGCAAGUCGGGUAAGAGUCCAAUGAAAUUUGGUGGUGGGGGCGGUGAUGCCGACGCCGCAGCAGACGACGGUGAAGAUGGUGAAUAUCAAGAAGAAGAAAACAACACAUAUUUUACACCAGUCAUACCGCUGCCGGACAAGAUCGACGUGAAGACUGGCGAAGAGGACGAGGAACUUCUUUAUAUUCAUCGCGCUAAGUUAUACCGCUUCGUCGAUGGCGAAUGGAAAGAGCGCGGCCUGGGCGAUGUCAAGAUCUUGCGUCACAAAUUGAAUAAGAAGCUACGAGUCGUAAUGCGCCGAGAACAGGUGCUAAAAAUCUGCCUCAAUCAUGUACUUAACGAAGAGGUGGAGUACAAACGUAAAGAUGAGAAAUCCUGGUUAUUUGUUGUUAAUGAUUUCAGUGAGGGUACCGUUGAGCUAGAAAAAUUCUCACUGCGUUUCAAAAAUAAGGAAAUUGCUCAAGGAUUUAUGGAUGCGGUGCUAAGUGCGAUUGACGGUACAGCUAUCGCUAUUGAAAAUGAGGGAAGCAUAUCUACAAAUACAACUCUAAAUAUGUCCGAGAUUGUGACAGAUAUAAAAGAUAAGGAAAAGGUUGUGCCAGCUGCUUUGUCUGAUGCAGAUAGAGCAACGGCUGAUGAAUUGCAAUUACCCUAUGAAUUAUUCACGAACCAAACACAAUGUGCCGGUUGUCGUGGUUGUGAUCCUGAUAAUUUUAUAUUCCCUAUAUUGAAAGUAGAUGAAUCGUUUGUCAACAAAGAGGACAGUCAAGAUUUAUUGAAACCAUUCGAAUUGCCUUUGUUAUCGUUACCGAAGGCGGACAAUGUUAGUAGUGCAAAUCGUCCACUUUUGAAGCAAAGUGCUUUGUCACCAAUGGUACCAUCCAACUCAACAACCACACUCAAGGCGGGUGAAUCGAAUGUUUUCUCUAGUUUUGGUGGUGUAAACUCAACGGCUUUCAGCGGUUCUGGCGAAAAGACUGCCAGUGGAUUUUCAUUUACUGCAGCUAUGAAAAAUGCCAGCAAGGAUGAUGAAAACAAAACUAGUACCUCCAAUGGAACAUUCUUAUUUGGUAAUCCUGCUGGCACUGGUGGCUUCAGUGGCAGUUCGAUUUUCGACAAGAAAUCCGUCUUUGGCCAAACACCAUCGAUAUUCGGCAACGCUACCAGCACCUUAGCUAAACCCGCUGAUUCUACAACAAGCGAGGACGACAAACCAAAGACAAUUUUUGGUGGUCUUGUCAGCACUUCUGGAAGCAGUUCGAUAUUUGGUGGUAAAUCUGUUUUCGGUUCUGGCACCAGUUCGCUUUUCGACGGCAAAUCGAGCGCGGGCACUGACACAGCAACGAAAUCGAUAUUUGGUGGAUCAACUUUUGCCCCCUUUGGAAGUACUUCUAGCACACAGGUCCCCACUUUUGGCAGUAAUAAUAGCUCGAACGCAGCCAACUUAAAAACUGACGGCAAUUUAUUCGGUGGUAUUCCUAAAGAGCAAGCCGCUGCCGCGCCCAGUUUUGCAGAUCUUUCUAACAAAGCUGGUGCUGUUGAUUUCGCCAGCUUAGCUGCUAAUGCGAAAUCGCCAACUUCAAAUAACAAACCAGCCGAAAAGCCGGGUCCAGGUGGAUUUAUUGGUCUUACAGACCAGGACGCAUUCUCUAAUUUUGCGAAGGCGUCUCAGAAUGUUUCAAAGGAUGGCAAUGCCAACGAAUCAACAAAGAGUGCUGAUGAUAAUGAAAAGUAUGAUCCGCAUUAUGAUCCAAUCAUUGAAUUACCAGACGAAAUUCAAGUUAGCACUGGUGAGGAAGAUGAAACUAAACUGUUGGGAGAACGUGCGAAGCUCUACCGAUACGAUGUCAAUACGAAGGAGUGGAAGGAACGCGGCGUUGGUGAACUGAAAAUUUUGCAGCAUAAUGAGAAACAAACAUAUCGUCUGGUGAUGCGACGCGAACAAAUUCAUAAACUAGUUUUGAAUCAUGCAGUUGGUGCCGAGUUCAGUUUUAACAACAUGAAUAAUGAUCCAAAAAGUUUUGUCUGGGCGGCGGUAAACUAUGCUGAAUCCAGCGAUGGCGAAGUGGAGAAAUUGGCGGUACGUUUUAAGAAUGCCGAUAUUGCGAGUCAAUUCAAACAGAAGUUGAAUGAAUGCAUCGAAGCAGCUAAACAGCGCGAGUAAAAAAAUCACAUCAUAUGGAUUAAAAUUAAACUAGUUUUAGAUUAAAAAUUGUGGUAUUGGAAACACCUAUAAAAAACAUCAAUUAUAUAAUUUGUAGCAUUCCUCAUGAUUUUCACUAUUUUCACUAUUCAAGGACCUUCAUACAUUCAUAUAAGUUUUCGUUUUAUUUACAAUUUUUCUUUUCUUUGUCCUAAAAUGUUUUUUUUUCUUUUUGUUUAUUUAAGAUUUGGCAAAAAAAAAAAAGUGCACGAAAAUUGCUUGUUUAGUUUGUAUACAAGUUCGUGUGGCAAAAACAAAAUUAGCAAGAGAAAUUAUUAGAGUUGUAAAAAUUAAAAAUAUUGUUAUUCGUACAUUAUACUUACAUAUAAUAAGAAAUGUGGACUUUAAUUUCAUACUACAUGGUAUAUGUAUUUUCCAAUAA